CGAAAACGAAAUCCGGAUCCCCCAAUUUAAAACCGAUUAGCCAAAAUUCGGGUCAUUAGUUUUCCACAAUUUUUUUGAAGUCUUUUUCACCUCUCUGCUAAUAUUCCUCUAAGUUUUGCUAAAUUACAACUUUUGUGUUUCGAAGAAAAUCGUUGGCUCGAUGGCGGCGACGAUGGUGAGUUCCCCCGGCAUGCUUCUGGCGAUGCUGAGCGAGGACCAUCCACUACUCAAGCAACACGCGCUCUCUAAGCUGAACGCUUUCGUCGACUUUUACUGGCCGGAGAUCUCGAACUCCGUUUUGUUGAUAGAGAGCGUGUAUGACGACGAAAAGUUUGACCAGACACAGAGACAACUUGCUGCUUUGCUUGCAUCAAAGGUGCAUUGUUAUUUGGGCGAGUUAAAUGACUCCUUAUCAUAUGCUCUUGGGGCUGGCCCUCUUUUUGAUGUAUCGGAAGAUACAGAUUAUGUCCGCACUAUUCUUGCCAAAGCUAUUGAUGAAUACGCGGGCAUCAGGACAAGGGCUGCUGAAUCAAAUGAAUCUGCAGAAGUGGAUCCCAGAUUGGAAGCCAUUGUUGAGCGGAUGCUUGACAAGUGUAUACUUGAUGGAAGGUAUCAGCAAGCUGUUGGAAUGGCCAUUGAAUGCCGAAGAUUGGAUAAGCUUGAGCAAGCAGUUCUUCAGAGUGAUAACAAACUAGCAACCCUGUCGUACUGCAUUGAUGUUUCACAUAAUUUUGUUAAUUCUCGGGAAUACCGGCGCGAGGUGCAACGUCUUCUUGUUAAAGUAUUUCAAGAUCUUCCAUCUCCAGAUUACUUGAGCAUAUGCCAGCUUCUCAUGUUUUUGGAUGAAGCCGAGGAUGUUGCUGGUUUAUUUCAGAAACUCUUGAGAUCAGAAAAUAAAGAUGACGCUCUAUUGGCAUUUCAAAUAGCUUUUGACCUUGUAGAGAAUGAGCACCAAGCCUUUCUAUUGAGUGUCAGAGAUAGGCUUUUAAGUUCCAAGCCAGAAGCUUCGGUGUCUGUGCCGUCGGGAUCUGCUGAGGUAGCCACAUCCCUGAAUGUGAACAGCACAGCAUCGGAAGAUGUCCAAAUGGCAGAGAGAAGCCAAGCCACAGAUGCCAAUGUGUCGCCAAAUGAUGCUAUUUAUGCUGAACGGUUAUCAAAGAUAAAGGGAAUUUUAUCUGGAGAGACGUCAAUUCAAUUGACAUUGCAAUUCCUAUAUAGUCAUAACAAGUCGGAUCUUCUUAUUCUCAAGACAAUUAAGCAAUCUGUUGAGAUGAGAAAUAGUGUCUGCCACAGUGCAACAAUAUAUGCCAAUGCAAUAAUGCAUGCUGGGACAACUGUUGACACAUUUCUCAGAGAAAAUUUAGACUGGCUUAGCAGAGCCACAAAUUGGGCUAAAUUCAGUGCAACAGCAGGGCUGGGGGUUAUUCACAAGGGUCAUCUACAGCAAGGAAGAUCGUUGAUGGCUCCUUACUUGCCUCAGAGUGGGGCUGGUGGUGGUGGCAGUCCAUAUUCCGAAGGAGGUGCUUUAUAUGCUCUUGGUCUGAUUCAUGCAAAUCAUGGGGAGGGCAUCAAACAAUUCCUUCGCGAUAGUCUAAGAAGCACCAGUGUUGAGGUUAUUCAACAUGGUGCCUGCCUCGGUCUUGGCUUGGCAGCUUUAGGAACUGCUGAUGAAGAUAUCUUUGAUGAUAUCAAAAAUGUCCUCUAUACAGACAGUGCCGUUGCUGGUGAAGCAGCUGGCAUUAGCAUGGGAUUGCUGAUGGUUGGGACUGCAAGUGAGAAGGCAGGUGAAAUGCUUGCAUAUGCACACGAGACUCAACAUGAGAAAAUUAUCAGGGGUCUGGCCCUGGGUAUAGCCCUUACAGUUUAUGGGAGAGAAGAAGAAGCCGACACGCUAAUUGAACAGAUGACCCGUGAUCAAGAUCCAAUAGUUAGAUAUGGAGGCAUGUAUGCGUUGGCUUUGGCAUACAGUGGUACAGCUAACAAUAAGGCCAUUCGUCAGUUGCUGCAUUUUGCAGUAUCAGACGUAAGCGACGAUGUUAGGAGAACUGCUGUUCUGGCACUUGGUUUUGUAUUAUAUUCUGACCCCGAGCAGACUCCAAGGAUUGUUUCUCUGCUAUCUGAGUCAUACAAUCCACACGUUCGCUAUGGUGCAGCUUUAGCUGUUGGUAUUUCUUGUGCUGGUACUGGAAUGAGCGAGGCUAUAUCAUUGCUAGAGCCCUUGACAUCAGAUGUUGUGGACUUUGUUCGUCAAGGUGCUCUCAUUGCAAUGGCCAUGGUAAUGGUUCAGAUAAGUGAAGCAAGUGAUUCUCGUGUUGGUUCAUUCAGGAGGCAAUUGGAAAAAAUUAUUCUGGACAAGCAUGAAGAUACCAUGAGCAAGAUGGGAGCAAUAUUGGCCUCUGGAAUUUUGGAUGCUGGUGGUAGGAACGUCACUAUUAAGUUGCUUUCGAAGACCAAACAUGAUAAAAUCACUGCAGUAGUUGGCCUUGCUGUUUUCAGUCAGUUUUGGUACUGGUACCCACUUAUAUACUUCAUCAGUUUAGCAUUCUCGCCGACAGCUUUCAUUGGCCUCAACUAUGACCUUAAAGUUCCGAAAUUUGAGUUCAUAUCUCAUGCUAAACCAUCAUUGUUUGAGUAUCCCAAGCCCACAACGGUACCUACUGCCACUUCAGCUGUUAAACUUCCUACUGCCGUUUUGUCAACAUCAGCCAGAGCCAAGGCCAGGGCAAGUAAGAAAGAGGCAGAGCAGAAGGCUAUUGCUGAAAAAAAUGAUGCGGCCUCUGGUAAUCCUUCCUCUGGAAAGACAAAAUCUGGUGAAAAGGAUGGGGACUCCAUGCAGGUUGAUAAUCCUCCCGAAAAGAAGGCGGAACCAGAACCUACUUUCGAGACACUGACAAACCCUGCUAGGGUUGUUCCAGCUCAGGAGAAGUUCAUCAGAUUCAAGGAAGACAGCAGAUACGUGCCCGUGAAGGCAGCAUCUUCAGGGUUUGUUCUUUUGAGAGAUCUUCGCCCUGAUGAACCUGAAGUUUUGGCCCUCACUGAUGCACCUUCAUCGACUGCGGCCAAUGCUGGUGCCCCUGCAGCUGCUCAACAGGGUGCAGCAGCAAUGGCAGUUGAUGACGAACCGGCACCUCCCCAACCAUUUGAGUACACUUCUUGAUUCAUUUUCUUGAAGGUUUUUAACAACAGGACUCUGGAGCCAUUAUCACUUGUUUUCGAAGCACUGGUGCUCUGGGGGUCAAUUGCUAUUGCAAAGAGCCGGAAGAGGUGGCAUUUUGCAUUUAUAGGCAGAAGCUGGAUAUGUUAUCUGGUAUUCUACUGACCUUUAUUUGGUGCUCGAUCUUAAGGAUUCCGGAAUGUAUUGUGUUUUAUUUGGGCAAAGGGAAAGGAACAACGAAGGCAACAAGCUCAGUGCUGCACUGCUGCUUAUUUGAUUCUUCUAAUUUAUGGGGUGGAAACGGAUUGUGGACAUGUAUGGGGCUAAAUUCAGUGAAACGGGGAGUUGGUGUACUCUCAUUUCCUUUGUUUUUUACACUUUCCAUAUUUACCGUUUUUUAACUUUUUGGUGAUGGCAAGUUUGGUGAAUGAUUAGCUUUUGAAUGCUUUUUUCUACUCCACCGUAUAAAAGGAUGAACAAGUAAUCAAAAAACAUGUACCAAAAUUUAAAACGGAAUAAUCCUUACUAGAUUAACUAAAACCAGAAAGGUACUAAUUCUACUAUCUUCUUCAAAACAAGACGAAAGGAAACCCACUCUUGACGCUUGGUAAAGGUCCCGUCUUUGUGUACUUUCUUCAAGUAUCUCUAUAUAUGCAAGUUACGCAACUAGAUCGAAGCCAUUGUUGAAUGGUAAUUGUGUUUUGC